GCGGCGGGGCCCCCGCGAGUCCAGCGCCGCCGCGGCCCCCCGAUGCGGCCGCGAGGAGCCCGGGGCGCGCGGCCGAUCGCAGCCGCUAGACGCGCCAUCUCCUGGAAGACCAGCGUUCUUGUGACCAUGGAGGCCUCUCCGUCCUUUCUGUGACUGGAACAAUGCUGACUGUGGUUUCCUGGACCCAUUCUGACUCAGGAGCCUUCACGUAAAUGGGUCCAGUCAUGCCUCCCAGCAAAAAGCCGGAAAGCUCAGGAAUUAGCGUCUCCAGCGGGCUGAGUCAGCGUUACCGGGGCAGCAGUUUCUCCAAGGCCCUGCAGGAGGACGAUGACCUCGACUUCCCCCUGCCUGACACCCGGCUAGAGGAGGGGGCCAUGGAGGAUGAGGAGCUGACCAACCUGAACUGGCUGCACGAGAGCAAGAACCUGCUCAAGAGCUUCGGGGACUCGGUCCUGCGCAGCGUCAGCCCGGUCCAGGACCCCGACGACGACCCGCCGCCCUCGCCCGCCCACUCCGACGUGCCCUACGACGCCAGGCAGAACCCCAACUGCAAGCCCCCCUACUCCUUCAGCUGCCUCAUAUUCAUGGCCAUCGAGGACUCGCCCACCAAGCGCCUGCCCGUCAAGGACAUCUACAACUGGAUCUUGGAACACUUUCCGUAUUUUGCAAAUGCACCUACUGGGUGGAAAAACUCAGUGAGACACAAUUUGUCCUUGAAUAAAUGUUUUAAGAAAGUGGACAAAGAGAGGAGUCAGAGCAUCGGGAAAGGGUCACUGUGGUGCAUAGACCCAGAGUAUAGACAAAAUCUAAUUCAGGCUUUGAAAAAGACACCUUACCACCCACACUCGAAUGUGUUCAACACACCUCCCGCCUCUCCUCAGGCAUAUCAAAGCACAUCAGGUCCACCCCUCUGGCCAGGCAGCACCUUCUUCAAGAGGAACGGAGCCCUCCUGCAAGAUCCUGACAUUGACGCUGCCACUGCCAUGAUGCUUUUGAAUACUCCCCCUGAGAUACAAGCAGGUUUUCCUCCAGGAGUGAUACAGAACGGAACGCGGGUUCUGAGCCGAGGCCUGUUCCCCGGGGUCCGGCCGUUGCCAGUCACGCCCAUUGGGAUGACAGCGGCUGUGAGGAACGGCCUCCCCGGCUGCCGCCUGCGGACUGAGAGCGAGCCGGCGUGCGGCUCCCCGGUGGUCAGCGGGGACCCCAAGGAGGACCACACCUACAGCAGCGCCAAGGCCGCCGCCGCGCGCAGCGCCUCGCCCGCCAGCGACUGCGUCUCGUCCUCCUCGGCCGACGAGCCCGACGAGUUCGCCGCCAAGGGGGCGCCGGAGGGCAGCGAGGGCAGCUGCCCGAGCCGCGAGAGCCACAGCGAGCCGGAGGAGGACGGCCGGCCGCGCGGCCCCCGGGAGGCCCCGGGCGACGGCGGCCCCGCGCCCGCGCACAAGAAGCGGCCGCCCGCGGCCAAGGCGCGGAAGGUGCCCAGCGACACGCUGCCCCUCAAAAAGAGACGCACGGAGAAGCCCCCCGAGAGCGACGACGAGGAGAUGAAGGAGGCGGCGGGCUCGCUCCUGCACCUGGCGGGCAUCCGGUCCUGCCUGAACAACAUCACCAAUCGGACGGCAAAGGGGCAGAAGGAGCAAAAGGAAACCGCGAAAAAUUAACGAAAACAAGUCACUGAUUUGUUUUGAACUUACGGCCAUUUGGUUUCAGCAUGUCAGGAGAUUUCUAAUGAUUUGUGGCAAUAUCAGCAAUUUAUUAUUUUUUUUUCUUUUCUUUUUCCUUUGGUUUGCUUUUCUUUCUUUUCUUUUUUUUUUUUUAAAUUUGCCCCCCCCUCCUUGGUUUUGGACCCUUAAGAAUUUUAUGUUUAAAGGAGAUUGAAGCCAUAGAACUCACGUUGACACUCAGCCGUUUUACAAAAGCUUUUCAUUACCUGAAGACAAAACCGAAAAAGCCAAAAUGACCAUUGCUUCCUCCAGCUUGUCUCAGAAUCCCGCGGCUGAAUCCACAGGGACGCAGCGGUCAUGCCGCAGGGACACACACCCAGCACUAGAAGGCAUGUGCACAAGGUCACCACUGAUCAGGCCCAACCUUUAGGUUUAAGAGGUCAGGGUGUGCACCCAGCGGGGGUCAGUGAGUGAGCCCACGUAAGGCAACUGAGGAGACGGAAGGACCCCGGGCUCCCCUGGGAGCAGACCCAGGCCCGUGCCACUGGGGCAUCAGAUGAUGCCAGGAGAAGCCUUGGCGUGGCUCCACGCAUGCAGUGUGAGGUGGGAACAGGGCGGUCACCAGUCCUCUGUGCUUCUUAACCACGAAGCCCUGUAGCAUCUCUGCAGGCAAACACUGGACUGCUCUUGUCCACCGGCUCUCAGUGACUCAUGAGGAGAAACUGGGUCAGUUUGUAAUGAUGUUGCUGAUCACUGGAUUCUGUUCUGCAUUAAAUGAAAAGCAGGUUCCACAAGCCAUAAGCCUGAAGGUUGGUCCUGCUCCUAUGCACCUGUGCACACACACACACCCCACACACACGAAAGAGGGAAAAAAAAAUGCAAAAAACAAGCUAUGUCUUCUUAACUGCCCAAGUGAAAAUCAAGUUCCAAGAAAUUACCAUAGCUGUCAAGGAAAUAAUGGUACAAAACUUUUUCUGUCUGUCAAAAUCAUUUGAUCCAAGUGGAAACAAAAAGCUUCGGACCUGCCAUUAGUAUUGAGGUGUAUUUUUAAAAGAUGAAAGGCACAUUGAUGGACAAACUAAAGUAAAACAUGGCAAAAAAAGAAAGAAAAACAAAACUCCUAUACUGCCCUCAAAAUGGAGUUUGCAAUUAACGUCAGUCAGUAUUCAUCUUUGCAAAAAUCAAAAUGAUUUCCACAUUCAGCCGUGUAGCCAGCAGAAAUUUCUGAUCCACAAUGCAUGGAAUUCCUUUGAAAAAAGAAAAAAAAAAUCACAAAAACACAAACUUUUUUUUAUUCAAAAAUAACAAAGUUCUUGUAAGGUAAAUAAUGUAUUUAGCAUGAAGCAUGAAUUAUUUUCAUAUAAAUAUAGAAAAUAGAGAAAAGGCUAUGCCUCUAAUUUUUAAGCCCUUAGGCUUAGAGGUUCUUUUGGUUUUCUUCUUUUUUCCUUUUUUUUUCCUUUCCUUUUUUUUUUCCUGUUUUUUUUUCCUUUUUUCCGAUUAUUUUGUUUUGGUUUUUUGAAGCAGGUGUUUAAGGUUUAACCUUCUUCAGGGACAAAUUCUGACUGUUGGGGAGCUUACUCUGCAAUACAAAAAUCUCUUCGUGUUCUGGUAGGGCCUGGAUGGCGGCGCUCUGGAUUGCCUUGUCUGCACUCCAGCCCCCGGCCCCUCUGAUUCUCUGUUGAAAAGUGUGUCCUUUCUCUCUAUCUGUGCAUGUUUACCGUGACGCAAUAAUCUGAGGGCAAACUGAGUCGUGAGUGUGUGUGAUAGAAUCAAGAGCAUUAUGGGACGCUGACUUGAGAAAACCAGGACUGAGAUUUGGUUUCUAGGGAAAACAGGCAGUGAAUGAUUGUGCAAAUUCGCCAGGAGAAGGGGAAACACACGACUGGGCCUUAUCGGAUGAGGGUGUGAGUUAGGGUACCCGUGACGGAGAGAGUGCCGCGGGCCUGGGAAGGCCCAGCCCCCAGAUGUUCCCCUGACGCCGGUCACGGCGUCCCCACCGCCUGGGUGCUCGAUCCCACCUGGAGCGAAGCCCACCUCGAUUGUGGGCGCGGCGCCCAGACCACCAGGUGACGGCGCGCAGCCCGGAAGAAGCUCCUGUUACCUUUGCCUGAAAGAAAGGAGUUAGGGAGAUCAGAGGAACCUCUGAGAGAGUGUGAUCUUCCGCCCACACGGAAGGGGAUCUUCAAGCAUAAAGACACCUGCUCUCAAGAUACGGUGGUGAGGGAGAAGGAGGGGACUGGGGUGAUCUUCACUUUUUGAAACAGGCCGGGGUGGGCCGUGGCGGAGCCCUCCGCCCGCCCCGGGCACGGCCCGCAGCUCCAGCGGCCCGAACGGCGGGGAGAGAUUAACCCGCGCGUCCUCUGCCUCUGGGCUGCUGCUGAGAGGAGCUGAGAAAAAGAUCUACAGCCCUGCGCAGGUCAGCCUCAUUACCGAACCUGCGUGCGCCCAGCGCGCUUGUGCUGGGCGUAGAGAGAUGGGGGUAAGGAUGUCUUUUCGAAGCGCUCCGUACCCUCCGUCUCCCCAAACCAACGUCUGACACCCCAAAAGCCAUCCGCAGCUGCGGGACCCGGGCGGCACUUGGUGGUGUCCCCUCACCAAGCCCCCCUCAGCCCCCCAACCCUCCCAGAUCCAGACUUCCCUCCCGAAAGGCAGAGACAAACAUCCAGGACUGUUUUUCUGGCGGGGGUUCCUUCCCAUGGCGACCCCCACCGGUGGGCUGUCUCCCCUCAUUUCCUUUUUUCUAAAGGAGCAAAGGCCUCUUUUAGAAAAUAAUAAAAUGCAAUGUGUGUGAUUUACUUUUCUGAUCUCUUUGAGAAAUAGAGAAAUAUCUUAUAAAAGUGUGUUCUUAACUCCAGAACCACUCUUUUUGCAUAAAUACCUCAUCGGGCAGCUUUCUAAGUGUUAUUUCCUGCGUCUCCUGCAGUCCCUAACACAGGAGCCGCUGGGAGACCUAGGGGAAACUUUAGUGAGGGUACUUUUUUCUAUUUUUCUUCUGUUUUUGGAGGCAUACACAUUAUGCAUAACCAAAACAAUGGCUCAAUUGUGUUUAACUUUGUAUUUUGAUUGUUGAGAAAAAAAAAAAAAAGUAUCGAUGUGUAUGUGGCCGUUCCUAGUGACUUCAUUGCGGAAUGAGGUUGUCCGUGUCCUUGCCAAGCCCGGGGGCAGAAGACACCCUCUCUCACCCCCUCCUCCAAGAGCAGUAGAGAAUUUAAGCACAAGCCUCUUUGUGAAAGAGUAUUUUGCUCAAGUGUCAUUCACUCUAGUCUUGGAAAUUUCUUCCCAAACAUCAGGUGUUCUUUUAGCUUCCAAACUAUGCUGUGUACUCAUUUAGUCUUGACAAAAAUCGCCUGAGCACCGUUCCAGGGGUGGGGUGUUUUUGCUUUGAUUUCUCCUGCUGGGAGAAACAGCAUUUCGUGUGUCAUUCCAGUAUCUCACAUACGCACGUGGGGCGGGGGGUGGGGGUCAGUGGGGAACUAUAGCAAUAUUUGAAGAUGCUUUGGGGAAACAACCGUGAACACGUCCGCACCAUGACAUCCGCAUUUACUUGUCGGUCCUAGGACACAUUUAAGAGACGGAGACUACGCUCUUUCUUCUUAAAUGCUAUCCCCGUGGAAAGUCAUUUUCAUGCUACUGCAGUUGUCUCUUAUCUUUGCCUAGUACUUUGUGGAAAGGGUCUGCAUCAUGGAUUUUCCCAGCCUUAUGAUACACCCUGAGCUCCUAUUUCCCUCCCCCCUCUCUAAGCAGUAUAUGUAUAUGUAUCUAUAUAUACACAUGUUCGAGGGUUUUCUGGUCAAAUUGUCCAUCUGAAACUAAAGUGAACCCACCCCACCGACAACGGUUGGAAAAAACCCUGGCCAAAACAGCUGUGGCAGAUUUUAGUCUGGCGGCUGCGUUUUUCAGAAGGACUGUGGGAAGCUUCUCCCAAGAGCUGGUUUUUUUUUUUUUCCCUGGGAGAGGCACAGGGUGUCUGGCUCUGGCUGGGCGAGGCCGUGAAUACCACAUCUCACCUGGGGGGCCAGCUUCGGGCUGUGGGCUUUGUAGGGUGAAGACCUUCCAGAUGGCCUUUGUCCAGCUCAGUCCUGGGGCCCAAAUGCUACCAGCCCCCCGCCUCAGUGCCCUCCGCCCCGCACUCCACACGUGUGGGCCCCCAGCGUCUCAUCCAAGAGCUCUUGGAGAAGGAAUCAGAGUUCUGUACAAGUGACCUGCAUGGGAGGGUUUUCCAUAUGGGAUUGGAUUCAACUCAGUGUGACUUCUCUUUCCCUUUAAACCUGAUUCAGAUUGGGACUCAUUUCUUUCUGGUGGAUCACAGCUGCCCAGAUGUUGCCAUUUUCUUUUUUAUAUUUCUGUAGAGGAGUAUUUUUCUUUCAUCUUCAAGAUUUUUUUUUUUUUUUUGCCACCAAAAGAACACACGUGAGCUCCGUGUCCCCUCUUGAUCGUGACUUAACCAGUGUUGACAGUUCAGUCCUUUGUGUCGUAGGUCCCAGCUCGAGUACUAUAUCAAACACUGUUAUGCACAUAACGCAGCACUGUGAUCUAAUUUAAUACUUUUUUAUUAUUUAUACUACUAUAUAUAAUAUACAUCAACACUUUUGCUAUAUAACCUAAGUGAUAACCCUCUUUUUAGUUACCUGCCAAAACUCGGGACUUUGGUUUAUAUUGCAGUUAACACAGUUACAAAGUUGGAAUGGUGUCUUUUUUUUUUCUUCUUCGUUGUAAUGGAAUGUGUAAAUCAAAGUAUAUCCUUUGUGUGGUGUUCCCGUCCCUGGAGCCCCGUGAGGAUGUCCACAGGGCGUGCAGUGUUCUGUGUAGACCCACCUGCCUUUGUGAACCCAUCUGUCAACCCCCCUUCCUAGGAGAGAGCGCGGCGACGGUGGCCAACUGCUCUCUCUGCCCCCUACUGGUUAUUCUUGAAUUAAGCACAGACUCCGUUGCUUUAUCAUGAAUAAUGUGUGUGACCUUACAAUUCUUCCACAGUUCAGCAAACAAGUGCUAGCGUCACUGACCAAAAAUUAAGGAAGGAAAAUCCGAUGUUUCAAACGAUCCACCUUUUAACGGCCGAAACCAACGCGUCUAUGGUGCUGCGUUCUGCUGUUGUCCUACUUUUGAAAUCAGACCUGGGUGAAAGAUCACUCCUGACUUAACUGUGAUCAUGCUCACAAGUACCCUUCCUGUUCGUUUUGUUAGCGCUGAAAUCAAGACUAUUUAUUUGGAAUAGAUACAGCAGUGUUUUCCACUUCCUUUGCGACAGUUGAGAACAGCCUUCCCUACUUUUUGCAAAGAGUUAAUAUUCCAUAUUGGAUUCGCAAAGACUUCGAUAUGGUGUAUCUAGCAAACCCAGAAGUUGUCUUUCAUCCUUUCCUGACUGUGGCCUGAGUUCCCAGCCCCUCCCUUUUGUUAGAUGAAACUCUUAGCACAAGUUCAGUUAUUUAAACGUGCAGCAUUGCUUGAGUGUGUGUCGGGCCGUCGACACAGCUGAGUCAGUAACCCGCUGUCAUUCACACUCACUACUUACACUGCCAUGGUGACAAUGUGGAGGAAGCAAGUAUCCGUGUGUGUCUGGGAAGCAUUACACACUUGUACAUUUUUUUAUACUCUGAUUCUGUAACAUUUCUGAGUUCUGUUUUUGUUUUACAGAAAAAUAAAUAACAGUGAUAAAGCAAUCAGAAGACAAGAGGUUUACUCUCAAUACUUGGGGUCGUCUGACCUCUGGCCAAUAGACCUCCAUGGCCAAAUUUAUUCACUUAGAGUAAUAAGUUUUCAAAAGCCAAUUUUCGUCGGUGUUUUUUUUUCUGUAUGAAACUGCCAAUAUCAUGAACAGAAAGGGAGAACCGUAAAGGAGAAAGUGGCGUUCGGUCGCGUUUGUGUUGCCUAGAGGAAGCGUGGAAGCAGGCACAGCCCGCCCACCUUGAGGGACCUGAUGGUGUUGCUUUGGAGGCAUCCAUCCAUACUUGCAUUUCGCAUCCUUCGUAUGUAAUCAUAUUGCCAAAGACAAACUAUUUCACCAUUUAUUGUAAAUAACACUUUCCCCCAGACCUUCCAUAAAGUUUCUGUGAUGUAUUGUCUUCCAGUUGCAAUAAAAAUGACUGAGAUGCAUCAACUGAG